GCGUGAUUUCCGGUGAUGUCACCACAGAAUGUCCGUUGAAGCGAGGGCUUUGGCUGCGUUCUGGAAGUGGGGUUCGAGGUCUGUUGGCGGGUGGCUACUGCAGCGCGAGGCCGUGAGACCUCCCAGAGAGCAGCUGAGGUUGAGAACCAUUCAGCGGCUAGGCCUCCACGCAUGCGCUGACCCCAUGGCAGAGGCAUCUGGGAACCAAGGCGAGAGCUCUGUGAGCCUGGAGGAUGUGUGCCUGCGUUUCACUGCGGACGAGUGGGGUCUCCUUGAUGACGCUCAGAAGCUCCUGUACCACAAUGUGAUGCUGGAGAACUUCUCGCUUGUGCUGUCCCUAGGACUUCCGAUUUCCAAAUCCUGCCCAGGAACUCAAGUUUAUCCAUCAUGGCCUUAUUUGCUCCAGAAAGAUAAACAUAUAACCACGGAGCCAUCAAUAUUUAGACAAAGAAUUGAGAAGAAUUCAUAGAGGAAAUAAAAUUUUGCUGAGGAAGUGAAAGAUAUAUCUUCAUUUUUAUAAGGCGCCAGUAUUCUUCACAAGCUCUCCAAUAAAACGCUUAUUUCCCAUUUAGAGGAGAAACCAUACAACUCCGCUUAGAAAUCUCCUCCCCCAGACAGUCCGCUAAGCUUUCGUGAGGGAUAAAGGUCGCACUAAGUACCGUUCAUAGAGUUCUCUGACUGUCUGGCAUUACAGUAAACAAUUAGGUACAUUAUUUUAUUCAUGUUUCCCCAGCAGCCUCCACCAUUAUUAGCUUUGUUUUAUAAGUCAAGAAAAUGAGACUCGGAAGGUUCUGUACCUCGUGGUCAUAUAACCAACAUGCUGAGGGGCUGCAGUUUGAACACAAUCUGAUUCUCAAACCUUAACUCUGGGAUGUUUUCCUAAUAAGGUGCAAUCUGUAUGUAUUCUGAUCGAUUGUCUACCCACACAGGCCUGUGAAUUGAGGCUAGUGCUUAUUACUGUAGGGGAAUCACCACCACUGUCCACAUGUGGGGAGAUUCCCAUGUCCAAAAAUGUUCUUUUGGGAUCCUUUGUGUUCAGCCCCUGGUGACUACUGCUUGGCUUUCUUGGCCCAAAUAUGAUAUAAAGAUCAUAAAGUAUG